ACGAUGGUUUUAAGUGCACGCUCGCGCCUGAAUAGAACUGGAAAUAUAAUACUUCUUGCUCUUGUUAUUAUAUCUUGGUGGUUUGUGAUCCAAGCCGGAUAUUUCAAAUCAAAGCAAUUCCUCGCCAAACUAGAUAUUGCUCAAUUCCAAGGUGAAAAAGUGCCGCGAUUUUUAGAGCCCUUUGAAUAAUUGCAAGAUCCAAAAUGCCUCGACCCGUUAAGAAAUUGGAAAAACUCGAAAUGGUUGAAUCGCGGGGACUUCCACCUUUGAAGAAUAAGGCCAAGAAAUCCGUGUCUUGGUCACCGCAAGAAAAAUUCUCUGAGCAGCCGCCUAAGUUCUUUCAAAGACAGAAAAGCAGCAUUGAAGAAGAGGUCCAGGCUAUUGAAGUUCAGGCUGAGGUUAAACCACCCAAGAAAACCGGAUCUACCCAGCCAACACCAGCUUCAUCGUCUUCAUCCUCCUCAUCGGAUGAGUCACUCUCCAGUGACGAGCAUCAUUCUGAAGUCCGUGAUAACUUUGUGGCGGAUGUUUCAACUCCAAUACCAGAACAGCCCAAUAGACGCACUUCACGGAUAGACUCGUUGAAGGGUCUGGGAGGUUCCCGAAGCCUUUCCCGACAACUUUCUUCUCGAUAUGUUGACCAUCUUCGUGAUGAAUCUGCUCAAGCUAAUGCAGCUUUCCAGGAGCAUCAAGAAAGAAAAAACAAGCGUAAUCGCAUGGCUGAUAUCCUGGUCCAAGAUCAAAAUCAUGCCGACGACGAUGAGGCUUACGACUUCUUCACCAAAAACUGGGACGAUCUAGGGACUACAAAGCAUGAUCAAGAAGACGAGGAAGACGGCGAUGAAGAGGAUGGGGGUGAAGAGGCUGUGGGAAACGACGAUACGAAAACAUUAGUUAAGGAUGUUAUUGGCCAAUACGGAUACGAGUGGACCAUCACGGAGAAAGAGGUCAAAAGCAAACGAUCAAAAAACGCGGACAAAGAUCUUUGUUUUGUCCCUUCCACUGUUCAGGCGGAAACCAAUUUAAAGCUCAAUCCGAAUGAAAAAGUUCGAUUCUUGGAAGAGGAAGGCAUCUACAUAGGAGAUCCUCCAUUUGUUCCGUCGAGAAUUCAAAACAAGAUGGAAAAUCGGAUACUUCAUGAAUAUUUGGAUGGUUGGAGGCAGGGGGAACAAAAACGCUGGUUUGGCCAGAAUGGCAAAUUGCUUGCUCUUCCAAAUCCGAUCUUGUCCCAUUCAACUCGACCCGGGGAACCAGAGGAUCUCGAUCCUACAUUAGAGACAGUCUAUUGUGCUCCACACAAGCCUGGCCCGAAUGGUGAACCCGCAGGCACAAACAUUCCAGGAUCAGGGUUGAAUCAAGCUAUGCCUGGACUAGUUCAUUGUUUUUUGGAGGUUGACAUUCUCACAAUCGUUUUCCACCAUCAUCACCUCUUCUCUUUGGAGCACUAUUUGGCAAGUAAGCUUCGAGAACGAUUUGCCGACUAUCAAGAGAUCCUGUACCGAAAAGCCAAACUGGAUUUGGAUCGAAGAAUUCGAGUUCUUUAUGACGCCAUGACAGAGUUAAAAGAGAAGCUAGAGAUUGCUGUACAACAAAAGGAGCGUGAAUUCCAGACAAGAAGAUUUGAGUCAUACAGAAAGGAGGUCAAGGUUAUCCGAGAACAGCGAGAUGAAGAGAGUGGAAGAGAAAGAGCGACCAUCAAAGAGAUCUUGACCCUAUGGAGAACCAUGAGAGAUAUCCGUCGUCGACAGGGUUACCAGAGCACCAACUUGAAGCUCACGAUUCAUAAGGAAAAUGCAAGUCUAAUUGAUGACCAAACCCAAUGGGAGCAGGAACUGACCCGGGAAGUUGACGAGGCUCGGGACGACUACCACGACAAUCUAGAGUUCUUGACCAAGGAGUAUGAGGAGGAAUUGAGACACUGGAAACAGAUCCACGAUAUGAGAAAGGCAGCAUAUAAACGGCAUAAAAAGAUGAAAAAGGAUAGCGAAAAAGGUAUUGGCAGUGCCGAAGUGGAUGAAAUUGCAAAAGAUGAAGAGCUUUUGGCCUCUCCCGAGCCUGAAAAACCUCAACCACCAGGUCGAUUUGAUGAAGAACAUGUCCGCAAGAUGCUUGAAGAAAAAGCCCGCCAAACACGUCGACCCCCAGGCGAGACCAUUUUGACUUUGGAACUGUCACAAUCUUCCAACAUCGAUAAAGAUGUUCAAGACAAUCGAGAAACGAGUCGAAGACACUCCUUGAGCAAGAUGAAAAUAUUCGUGAAGCUCUUUUUCAAUGGGAAAGAGGUGUGUCAGUCAUCAACCAAACAUAUUGGCGAGGAUUUUACCGUACCUAUUGCCCAAAUUUUCCCACUGCAGAUCACGCAAUGGCCAGAAACUCUGAAAGUUCAGAUCUUUGAAGGAACCAAACUGAAAACGUCGUUUUUAUCCGAAAUAUCAUUGCCAAUCUGUGAGUCAGAUACCGUCCUUGACAAAGCUGACGUAAAUAUCAUCCCGUUUCAAAGCACAUCCAGAGUCAAGCACGACAACAGCGGUGUAGGAUCAUGUGUAGACUUCUCAGCCAAUGGAGAUGGAAGUUCCAUCACUAGCCAACCCACCCACGGAAAAGUCUUUGUCAGAGUUGGUUGGGGACGAACAUCAGAUGGAACGAUACUAUCUCCGCCAGCAGAGAAGUGGUCGCCACCAAAAUCACGAAUGUACGGCCAAGAUCCUUUGGAAGAUAUCACGGAUGUCAAUGGCAGGAUCGAAUCGGCCAAACUGGAUGUUUGGAUGACAAAGAACGAGAUUGAUCCCAUGGAUCCAAAAAACCAAGACCUCAUGGAUAGGGUGCUCGAAGCAGGCAAAUCCAACGUAGAUCGGCCGGACUCGAAUGACAGAAAUGAAUCCUCAAAUUCUGGCUCAGGCUAUGCUCCGACAUUGCAAGGUGGAGGGCAUUUCCGAUUGGACGAUUAUCACGAUCAAUUCCUUUUAGGGACUAGCUCUGCGAUUGAAAACAAUCCACGAUUUCAAAUGCUUAAAUUGAGAAGCUCCCAAGUGGCGGAAUUCAAGAAUUACCGAAUGAUUCCAAUCAAUGACAAGGAGAUUCCCCGCGGGAUAUUCGAGUCCUUAAAAAAGCCCUCUUUAGGAAGUAAACAAGGGUUAUUGGACACGGAACCCCUCCGACAAAAGUUCAAGACUUACUUAGAGCAGCUACGGGAAGAGGUUAAUCACAACUUUGCCAUUGCCAGACAUAAAAAGCGACAUUGCGACGUCAUCAACGAGGUUCCACUACCCACAUCGGGAACAAUGGCCAUGCUCUUCGGAGAAAUGGUUCCAGCUCAAAGACCCUUGAAGCCCUAUCGAUUCCCAAGGCCCAAGAUAAUCCUCCUUGACGGCCAGGACUUGAAGAUAUUGAUUUCCGUGGUUCGUGCCUUCGAUGUUCCGGUGAGAAAUGACAUGGACCCUUUACAAAGCAACCCAAGUCUACAAGGGAAAAAUCACAGAGAAGAGAGCAUCCACGGCAUGAAAGAAAAUUUAGUACGAAGCUUUGUCGAAGUUCGUUUUCAAGGUCAGUGUCAGAAAACUCCAGUUGCUCCGGGGCCCAAUCCUGCUUGGAAUGAGGAAAUUGAAUUCACAUUCAAGUCUCCAAACAACGAUUUCUCUUCUGAUACCUUAAAUCGAAUCAAGGACAACUUGCAUUUGCAUCUGUUUGAUGAGGUAGCGGUAGAUAUGCUAGAAGAUGAAGAGGAAAGGCCUCGUGAAGUGCAUCAAAGAUUCGAACGGAAAUGGUUGGGAUCUUUGGCCAUUCCUUUUGUUACCAUGUACAGAAACACAAGGAUUGAGGGAACAUUUAAGCUUCAUUCUCCUCCGGUACUUCUUGGAUAUGAAAGAACUGGUCAGACAUCAAUGGCCUCUGGCUUUUGGCGGGAGAAUACCGAUAUGGACCAACCUCCAAAAGAAGCCACAUAUUUGAGCAUCUAUUUGACCAUCAAUCCUCCGCUCAGCAAUCCAGAACCAAUCAAAGAGAAGCUUGAAUGCGAGGAAGACGAUAAUCUGGUUAGGCAUUGCGAAAAAUGGCAUCGCGACCUCAUGAGCAAGUUCCCAAACAGAGUUUUCAGCCCCAUGGUCGCCGAUCUGACUGGCAAAUCCGUUUUGGUAACGAGAUAUUUUCGCGCCAUCCGACCUCCUCACGACGUUCUCGAGAACAAUGACCAAAAUCCCGAAAAGGUGGCCUGGUUUGUGGCACUCAUUCCAUACUUGCCCAGGAAUGCUCUGUUCCCUGGAAUUCAGGCGAUCUGGCCAACUUGCGAGCAAUUUAUCAAAAUGAUGGUCGGCUCGGAGGUGGAACACGCCGUAUUAAUGACAAAUUACUUCACUUCCCUGGGCAAAAAAGCCUAUCUAGUGCUAGGUCAGGGAAUUCCAGAGGGCCAAACCGCGUACGUUCUCACAGCUGAAGAGAGCGGGCAACAUUGGUUAUGGAACGUUGUGACGGGAGAACAUUUCAACACGUCAGAAACGUUUUGUCCUCUCGUGGGCGUGACGGCCGUGGCAAACGAGAGCAACGUUUGGGGCAAUGUUCAAUCCUCUGACGCCCCGAAUCGAAUGAAAUGGGAUCUGACCAACGGAUCAGACUGGACGCCAUUGUUCGGGUCGCAUCUCACUCUGCCAGAUCUAUCCAGUGUUCAGCCUACCCAAUUAUCAACAUCUCAACCCGACCAAAGGGCAGCAACUACGUUGAAAGACAAGAUCGAGAAGAAAAUCAAAUCGCACAUAUCAAGUCUGAGAAAGAGACUGAAAUUGGGAACGCCUCUUAACUUCACUGUAGCUGCCUCUCUAAAACGCCUCCUACCGGCUUUGGAGUCCAAUCGUGGAGGAAUAGCCGAGGGGCGUAUUUUGGCGACUGAACAUUUAGCGGAACUCAAGUCGGCUUCCGCAGCCUACAAGAUUUGUGGAUUCCCUCUCCACUUCGGCUAUUCGCAUAUGGAUCAAAUUGUGGAGGCCUUGGAGGCGACGGGAGUACAUCUGAACCGUGAACCCGGAGUGGAAUUUGCAGUUGCUGUUCAUGUUGAGCCUUUUCCUCAAACAGUUAUGUCGGUUUGGAUUUACGUUGCAUCUUUAGUUAGACGGCGGUGAUCGGGGAACUCGAGAAACGAUACGUCGGAAAGUUAUUUUCUAACGACAUUUCGAAAUCUGCGGUACAGUUCCUUGCGAAUUAAAAGCUUAUCCCAAGAGA